UCUCCCUCUCUUUCUUUCUCUCGUAUUCAUACCCACAGCAAGUUCACAGCAAUAGCAGAGCCAAUAUUCAGAAGUCAUCUUGGGAACUUUCUCUGUUAGCGUUCUCUUUUUGUUUUUAUAUUCACAAAGACUCUCAUUCAGGUGAAACCAGAAGCUGUUACUACUUUUUCUUUUCUUUUUUUUUGUCCGUCUGUGAAGCAGUAAAGAGGAACAGGGUCUGAUUACGUUCCUGAGAGAGACUCUUUGAAGAGUCUCUUCUUCUCAGCAGUUUUUUUUUCUCUGUCAGCUCUUCUCAUUUAGUCCCACACCUCUUAUUUUACUUCAAUACUUUGUUGCGAGGGAGAAUGUCAAGAACCUACUAUGGCGCAUGUGUUGUUUUAUGGAUUUUUUCCUUAGUGGCUUGUAAGGUUCCAGAAAUUGAAAGUUACAGCCUGCCCUGACUGAGGUCUAUAGAUCAUUCUCGUACAUGCAGGAACAUCUGAAAGCUUUUGUUGUUGACUCGCAGAGGUUCGCGUGACCUGCAUCUUCUCCGAGGACUGUAUUCUUCCCUGUUCUUUCGCGCCCACUAAUGGUGAUCCAGUGAGGAUCCAGUGGUUCCAGCAGGAGGCGCUCGUAUUCAGUGUGCAGCCGGCGGGGCAGAUGUUCAACCGCGGCAGCGUGUCUCUGCUCAGCGACGGCGCCUCUGAGGGAAACGCUUCACUGUUUGUGAAACAAGUGGACACGAGGAGUAAAGGACGCUACAAAUGUGUGGUCAACAACGUAACUGUGACGUAUGUAGUUGCAGCGGUGGAAGCUCCCAUCAGGACGGUCUCCAUUGACAUGAAUCCCUCUGGUCUGAUUCAGUGCUCUACUAAAGAUGUCUAUCCAGCACCGGUGGUGCAGUGGAGCACAAAGCCCAGGUUAAAUCCUGCUUUCCUGCAGCCCAUCACCCGCAUGGUUCCUGGAGGAAAGGGCCUUUUUAAAGUGGAAAGCGUCUUGCAGCAGAACAGCAGCUUUGAUUAUACUUAUGAGUGUAACAUCACCUCUAAAUACGGCACACACACGCGAACGGCUUCAUUACAGCUGCAAGAAAUUAACAGCUCCGAAGGGAAAGACCUGGUUAUUCCUUGUAAAGCUCCUAAGAAACUUCAGUCCUUCUCUCUCGUCUGGACUUUUACGACAGCAAACAAAACCACAGAUAUCCUCACGUACAACAGCCAGACUCGUAAAUCCAGAAGCUUCUGGGAUAAUGCAGAAUUAGAGGAGGAUGACGCAUUGAAGGGGGACGUUUCACUAACCCUGGAGAACCCCGUUGUCUCAGACCAUUCGGGAAUCUACACAUGUACCUUCUCGGGAGCAGAGACACAACAUCUGACACAGAGUCGUGUUGUUAUUGCAUCUGCCAAACAGGAGAAAGGUUUUAUUAAAUAUAAUUUGUGGAUGUUGGGAAUCGUCGCGGGAUUAAUCGCCCUUCUUGUGCUCACUUUAGUUAUAAAAAGAUACAGAGCAAAAUCAAAAAGAAAACAAGAAAGAGCUCAAGAGGAUGCAGAAAUGCAAAGCAUGAACCCAGACAAAACGUCAGACGAGCCACAAGCCAUACAGCCUUCAUCUUCUCACAGUUAGCCACGGAGAGAAGAAAGCAGAACCAGUAUGAAAUACAAGAUGAAAGACCAGAUAAUGGGACUUUAUUUCUAUGCAGUGAUUAUUUGUAUCAAACAAUUUGUCGUCCAGGAAAAUUGCACGAGAAAAAUUAUUUUGAUACAUUUUUUCCCAUAAUUUAUUCCGAAAAAAGUAACAUAUAAAAAAGUAUUUUAUUUGUC